CAUGACUAUAGUCCUCUUCACUUCGUGAUGCGUUAAAAACAGUCCCCAAGCUUUGUCUUUACUUCAAACGAAAGGAGCCGAUAAACCAAGUUCUCAGGGGUCCAAACCAACUUAAAGAUGUCACCAACAGUCGUUCUGUUGAGCUUGAGCCUGGGUCUGUUAGUCAGCGGCUUCCCAGCAGAGCAGCCUGAAAAUGGCAAGAACUGGGUGGUGAUUGUUGCCGGUUCAAAUGGCUGGUACAACUACAGACAUCAGGCAGACGCUUGCCAUGCUUACCAGAUUGUCCAUAAGAACGGCAUCCCUGACGAGCAGAUUGUGGUGAUGAUGUAUGAUGACCUGGCCCACAACGAGGACAACCCAACGCCUGGAGUCAUCAUUAACAGACCCAAUGGUACUGACGUCUAUAAGGGUGUGGUGAAGGACUAUACUGGUGAUGAUGUGACCCCGGCGAACUUCCUGGCUGUUUUGAAGGGUGACUCUGCAAGCGUGAAGGGAGGAUCUGGUAAAGUGCUGAAGAGUGGGCCAAAUGAUCAUGUGUUUGUGUACUUCACUGACCAUGGUGCUCCUGGACUUCUUGCUUUCCCCAAUGAUGAUCUCCAUGUCGAGGACCUCAUGGCAACCAUCCAGUACAUGCACAAAAACAACAAGUACAAGAAGAUGGUGUUUUACAUUGAGGCCUGUGAAUCUGGUUCAAUGAUGAAACCCCUGCCCACUGACAUUGACGUGUAUGCCACCACGGCUGCUAACCCCCACGAGUCCUCCUACGCCUGUUACUAUGACGAGGCCCGGGAUACCUAUCUGGGAGACUGGUACAGUGUUAACUGGAUGGAAGACUCUGACGUGGAGGACCUGAAUAAGGAGACUCUGGCCAAGCAAUUUAAAAUCGUGAAAAGCCGAACCAACACCAGUCACGUGAUGCAGUAUGGAAAUAAGACUCUGGCCCAUAUGAAAGUGAUGGCGUUCCAGGGCAACUCUAAGGGCUUUGCUAAGCCAGCUGAGCCCAUCAUGAUGCCCAGUCUCCUGGAAAAGGACCUGACCCCCAGCCCUGAUGUGCCCCUCGCCAUCCUCAAGAGGAAACUCAUGGCCACCAAUGACCUCAACAGUGCCAAGGGAUACCUGUCACAGAUUAAUGCCCACUUGAAGGUACGAGAGCUCCUGUCUGAGACUAUGCGGAAGGUGGUAGAGAGAGUGACCGGGGACGCGCUGCAGGCCCAGAGGAUCCUGGACGACCGACAGGAGCUGACCCAGCACGAGUGCUACCGCUCUGCAGUCGAACACUACAAGAAACACUGCUUCAACUGGCACAUGCAGGAGUUUGAGUAUGCUCUGAGGCAUUUGUAUGCACUGGUAAACCUGUGUGAAGAGGGACAUCCAGCCCAGAGGAUCCUGACGGCUAUGGAUGAUGUGUGUUACUACAGACAGUAGACAGAUCUUUUCCCAUUCUAAACAUGUUAUGGAUCUGACUGCUGCAACCCUGUGUUGAUGCACCUGCUAUUUGCACAAAGGAAUCAGAUUCACUGUUUUGUUUUGUUUUGUUUUGUUUUGUUUUUUAAUCUACACACUGCAAUCACACUAUUGUUUUCAUUGUUGUUUGAUCUUCCAUUGGUUUUACUUAGCAAUUUUAAAGUUUAAACUAUUUUUUUUGAACGUUUAAACUUUUGAUUUAAUACGAAUUGCACUAUUUUAAUGUGAAAUUUUAUUCUGAAGUGAGUGUUUUACAUUUACUUCUUUUUUCUUUUUUUUUUAAACUCACUUACUGUGGACUCAAGCAAGACUAUCACGUUAAGAUAAUGCCUUGGCUACUGACCACAGUGUUGCCUUGGUGAUCUGAGACCCUUUUUGCUGCCCCUUGCAUGAGUCACUUAGAUAUCUGUGUAGGAUCCUUAAGUUAGUGCGGGAUCCUUUGAGUGCUAUAUAUCCUCAAUCUACUUAUGAAACCUGUGGCAAUGUUAACCAUCUCCUGAGGAGAGCUGCUUAAACUCUUAACUUCUGCUCUGUAACCAUGGACCAUACAGACAGGCUUGAAUGUUGCAGCGUACAUGGAGUUCAGAGUAGCUCAGUGGGGACAUCUAGUGGUUGAGUUGUAACUCGCUUUACAGUCUUAGCAAGGCAAGCCAGCAUUAAUAUUAAACAGAAAAAGCUAAUUAACGUAAGAUCAGAAGAACACAGGCUCAGUAGAACUGACAGUAAUUGCAGGGCCGUGUGAAGCGUGUGAGGCAUCUUUGUUUGGGUUGGAUACCGGGGCAAUUCUGUUCCCCGAAAAAAAGCCUGUGAAGAAGAGCAAAAGGGAUCUGCUUGAAUGCUUUAAACCAAUGUUGACAGCUCUCAUUUAGUGUCGCUUAAUCACCACAACAGAAAUCGCUGAUUAAAUAAGUGUUACUGAUCACAUAUACAGAUUGAUCUAGACUGAAAAGAUGCUGUAUCUCCCCAAAGAUAGUACUGACACAUGUGUUUGGUGCCUUGUUUAAAAUAACCCACCCCCAGAGAGACAGAGAAGGUGCAUAACCUCCAUCAAGGAGCCGAUGUGCAAUGGGAGAACUUUCAGAAAACUUGUUAAGAUCCGUUCUUGAUGACCAUCAAUAAAUUCAAACUUCAUAAAAAAAA